AUGUCCCCUUCAAAGCUCUACCUCGGCGUCAUUGGCGUCGGCGGCGUCGGCACUGCCUUUCUCUCUCAGCUUGCCUCUCUUCCCCCCUCCCUCCGGCCAACACUGGUCUUUGUGUCUCGCUCUUCCAAACAACUCUAUACACCUUCCUACGACGCCGUCUCGGCCUCAGACCUCCAAUCAUCCACGUCUAGACUCCUCUCCCUCCCCGAGCUGACGACUUAUCUCUCGUCCACUCCUGGAAAAGCCAUCCUUGUCGACAACACCUCGAGCCAAGAAGUCGCGGACGCCUACCCCUCUUUCCUCCGCAGAGGCAUCAGCGUCGUGACACCAAAUAAAAAGGCCUUUUCCAGCAGUCUACAACUAUGGACCGACAUCGUCAACGCCGUCGACGCGUCCAAUGGCCAGGCAAUGGUAUAUCACGAAUCGAGCGUGGGGGCCGGCUUGCCCGUGAUUUCAACCCUAAAAGACCUCGUUGCGACAGGCGACCAGGUAACAAGGAUCGAGGGCGUGUUCUCGGGCACCAUGUCGUUCUUGUUCAACUCGUUCGCGCCCGCUGACGGGAGUGGAAAGGGUAAAUGGUCCGAGAUCGUCGCCCAAGCCAAAGAGGCGGGAUACACGGAACCAGACCCGCGUGAUGACCUGAAUGGCAUGGACGUCGCCAGAAAACUUACCAUCCUCGCGCGCCUGGCAGGCCUGAAAGUGCAGGGUCCCGACAGUUUCCCUGUCCAAAGCCUGAUUCCAAAGCCACUAGGGUCGGCUGACUCGAGCGACGAGUUUAUGCAGCGUCUGCCGGAAUUCGACGGCGAGAUGGAAGGGUAUAAGGACGCUGCGGCCCAGGAGGGUAAAGUUAUUCGGUACGUGGGAUCCGUGGACGUCGGGGCAGGUAAGGUGAAAGUCGGACUCGAGACGGUGGAGAAGGGAACACCGAUUGCUAGUCUGAGGGGCAGUGAUAACUUGAUAUGCUUCUAUACGAAGCGGUACGGGGCGAAUCCGCUGGUCAUCCAGGGUGCAGGGGCCGGAGGCGAGGUUACGGCCAUGGGUGUCACGGCGGAUCUGAUCAAGGUUAUUGAGAGGUUGAGAUAG